AUCUUGCAAAGUUUAAUAUGACUAUCAAUGAAAGCUCCUUGCAACACUAAUGACACAAUCUGGUCAUUGUGUCAUUAUGGAAAAGUUUAAUAUAUCGAAAAGUUGAUGUUUCUAUUUGCAUUUGAUUAUUAGUAGUCCAUCUUAAGUGAGAUGGAUUGCAUUUCUACAUAACUGACCUCCAAUAGGUGCACAAUGUACCUGUUGCAGUUGAUCAGUAAGCUGCCUGCAUGGGUGAAACAGAGCUGCAAGUAAAUACUAGAUUUCUUUAGUAAACACUAUCAAUUUUGUAUUCCUGUGUUUACUUGAAUUUGUAAUGUUUUAGAGUUAAAAACCAAUCAGAUCAGUAGAUAUCGUCUGACAUUUAUUAAUCUGAGCAAGAAUCUUAGCCGGUAAAGAUAUGGUAAGAUCUUGGGAUCAAAAAAAUCUGAGUAGAAAUCAAUAAGGGUGCAUAUAAUUAAUUGGAUACUGAUUGAUAUUAUUUUUCAUUGUUGUUUAAUUACUUGAAGAAUUGCAAAUCAAUUAAUUGUUUGGUAUAUUGGUAUCAUUUGGGUUGGACAAGUUGUCAAAAUUAGUUCCAAUUGCUAAUUUACUUUCUAAGCAAAGGUAAAUGGUGGUUGAAUUGACUUGGCUUUGAUGUAAUCUUAUGGAUAAGGGCUUAACUAAAAAGGGUAGAAUGAUCCUUAUUUUUAGACCAAGAAGCUUAUCGGAUUCAGUUGGAUCCGAAUUGGAUCUGAUCCGAAUCCGAUAUAACAUGUGUAUUUAACAAAGAGGAGCGGAAAUCCGUAUGCAAUCCAAAUAGAAAGAAGGGCAAAUAAAUAAAAAGACGGAAAAAGGGAAGGCCGACAGCGAAGAGGUGGCAAUUUCCCCCCUUCUUCGUCUUCCGCUGCCCAUUCGCGCUCUCGAUUUCCAUGGCCGGAUCCUCUCUACGCCUCCUUGAGCUCCACCUCCUCAUCGCCGUCGCUUCCCUCACCUUCCCCCGAUCCCUGGCGGCCGUCGUGCCGCCUCUCUGCCCUCGCUCGGGCAUCGCCUUCCUCGACGACCUCGGAUGUCAGUGCUCUCGUUGGAUUGAGCUGUCUUCGCCUCAGGAGGUGAGUGGAGAGAUGCUUGAAAGAGAGCUUUCUAAUGAUCAAAGUGCUUAUUACUCUGUCCUCUUCUAUGCAUCAUGGUGCCAAUUCUCAUCCGACAUUCAGCCUAUCUUUGAUGCUCUUAGUUAUAUGUUUCCUCAAAUAAAACAUUUAUUAAUUGAAGAAUCAUCAGUCAUGCCAAGUGUCCUCUCGAGAAAUGGCAUUCACAGUUUUCCAGCUAUAAUGCUGUUUAAUGGGACAACAAGGUUUCGGUAUCGUGGCUCAAAGGAUUUUACUUCCCUGGUCCAUUUCUACAAGAGAAGUACAGGUUUGGAUCCAAUAACAUAUCUGGAAAUUCAUCAGUCCAGUUCAGGAAAUGCGAGGACCGUCAUAGUUCAGGUUGAGUCCAUAUGGGAGUUGAUAACCAAGGAAUCUUACUUAACAUUUGCCAUACUUUUCAUCUGUCUGAAGAUAAUUAUGUGCUUCUUUCCUUUGAUCUACCUUCGCUUCAAAUCUUUCUGGGUCUCACAUGUCUGGCCUGUGAACUUAAGGAUCCUUCAUGAAUCAAGCCUGCUAUUGGAGAAAGUACUACAGGUAGUUGACAUAAAAAGGAUGUGGAGCAAUAUUCAACUCUCCAACAAGACAAGGAACUUUCAAAAAGGGGCAAAUAAUGCCCGGGUUUGGGCAUCUUCCCUUACGAGACUGAACGAGUCAUCUUCCUCAAGAUUAGCCCUUAAGGACUCGUAGUUUUCUCUUAUAUCGAUCAAUGUACACCCACCAUACCUUUCAUGGAGCAACACUAGUUAUUUCUCUUUUUGUUCUUGCUGUAGGCACAUGGAAAGCAAAUCACGUGUAGAUUUGGAGUACUAAAUCAUUUUGUAUAUUGGAUACUGUGGCUGCAUUUUUAGCAUAAUGCAAAGUCCAUGGGUGUUCAUCUUUA